GCCAUGGUAGCGGCGCGAGGCGUCGAACAAACUACACGGGGCGCGAGGAGCAAGAAAGUCAGCGGUUUGAUUAGUCAUGGCGGAGGGAACUGAAUCAGUAUAUAGAUUCAAUGUAAUCUUACGCAAUUUGGCAUGAACUCAUCCUUAUUUUGUUUGGUUUUGUUGCUCAACAUUUCCUGUUUCGCAGUGAGCUGCAUAUAUCGUGCGCGCGCUUCUUCGCCCAGGCUCUAACACUGAAGUGCACUGACUUUUGGAAAAGUGAAAGUGAUCGCCUUGAAGGAUGUCGCACAGCUCUUAUGGCAGAAUGUGGGCAGAUGCCCAGGGGGCCUUGCAGGAUCUACUGCAAGACGAGAUGCCUGCCAUGCUUCCCCGUCCACAGAAAGAUCCUUUUCAGGUCUUUCAGACUCUGGCUACUUUCUACCUGCGAUACCUUCAGAUCUUCCGGCGACUGGAGGCAGCCUACGACCAGAUCGUGCACCCCCAGAAGAUACGUGUGGUGCGCCAUGUCCUGGAAGGAGUCAUGGGGAGAUUGGUGGAGCUGAAGAACGAGAUGGUAGAGCUAGAGCUUUCUGAGUUUCACUACUUGGAUGAUGUGCUGCAGGACCUAAAGAUGACACCUGAGGACUUGGAGGUUCCCAUCCCACGCUAUUUUUUGAGGGAAAGGAUGAAAGCGAUGAAAGAAAGAGAGAAAAUGCUGGCUCACAUUCUGGCGGAAAAAGGAAACAUUGAACAGAAACCUGUUGCAGCAAACAAUAUGACUGUGGAGAGAGCAGUACGAUUGCUGCAGGUGUGUGAACGUGCACGACAGGGACGUCUCAGAGCUCAUUUUAUGAAGGAGAUCCGAGAUGAGGAGAGGAAAAAACAACGUCAAGUGAUCAACAGAACACUGGAUCUCCAUCUCUCAGCAACACUCAUACAGAAGACAUGGCGAGGCAACUGGCAGAGGAAGAGGACUGAGAAAGAACGUCUGGAGGAAAUGAUAUUUUUGGGAAUGAUAGACCCCCAACUUUCAACACCCAGCUCUGCCCAGCAACGAGCAAAGCAUAUAGAAAGCAGCAGGCAUCGGAUGCAGGAACAGCAUGAAGCAGAGUACCAACAGGCCCUGAUCAAUAUUAAGACUGUUCGCUUGUUAGAUGGACCAGACAUAAAGGAAACACUCCAGGAUCAAAUACGCCAAUGGUUCUUUGAAUGCCGAGAUGCCACUGGAAAGUUUCCUGAUUUCCCAAGCAUUGAGGAUGGAGGAUCAUCUUCCAUAUUUGCCCAGAGGACACCAGAGGAGGUUGCUGCUGAGCUAGCUGCAAAAGAACAAGAGAAGGAGAAGAAGAAGUCCAAGGGGAAGAAAGAUAAAAAUACUGUAAAGGAAAAAAAGAAAGACAAGAAGGGGAAGACUAAAGGCAAAGUGGGGAAAGCUGAUACAGCGGAAGAGGAGGAGAAGGGAUGGAAGAUGAGCCCCAGUAACUUUCUGCCAACUGUGGUUCAAGGAACUAAGAUAUACCAAGAGGUUUGGCAGGCACGAGACGAAAGCCAGAACUUUAACCAGCAUUUUGACCCUGAGCUGGUGCGAGAGGAGAAGAGAAUGGAGGUGGAAGUGGAGAUCAGAGUUCAGGUAGAUGAGCUGAUGAGGCAGGAGCUGAAGAAUCUCAAACUGGUGGUGGACCGGGACAAGGGCAUAAAGAAGAAAAAAGGGAAGAAGGCUAAUAAAAAGAAGAAAAAGAAAGCCAAAAAGGGAGGAAAGAAGAAGAAGAAGAAAGAGAAAGACCUUACAGCUGACAGGACUGUUGAAUCAAUAUACGAAGAGCUCGUUCUGGAAGGCAUUCUGAUUCAGCCGAAGGCCGUAAAUCUACGUGAUUACCUCGGGGAAUACAGUUACCUGGGUACGAGCCUAAGGCAGGCAGAUAUUGAGCCCAUGCCAUCCCUCUCAGACGUCAGACAGCUCAUUGCUCUCUAUGGUGUGCUGCCUCUGGGCUCUCAGAGUGUACAUGAGAGAGGACCCCUUAUCCGUUCAUUGCUGCUGGCUGGUCCAUCAGGUGUGGGUAAAAGGAUGCUGCUCCAUGCUCUGUGUACCGAGACUGGGGCCAAUCUGUUCAACCUCUCCCCCGCCAACCUGACAGGAAAAUACCCGGGCAAGAGCGGCCUUGAGUAUCUUUUACAUAUGGUCUUGAAGGUGGCUCGCCAGCUGCAGCCCUCCGUCAUUUGGAUCGGAGACGCUGAGAAAACAUUCUACAAAAAAGUCCCAAAACAAGAGAAAGAGAUGGAGCCCAAAAGACUGAAGAAAGACCUGCCAAAAGUGGUUAAGUCCAUUAAAGCGGAGGAUCGUGUGCUGCUGGUGGGGACGUCUCGCAGACCAUUUGAUGCAGACCUCAAAGCAAUGUGUAAAGUUUACAAGAAGACCAUCCUAAUUCCCAGACCAGACUAUGCUUCAAGAAUAAAUCUAUGGAAAGAGUUGCUUAAAAUGCGAGGUGUUCGAUUCAGCCCCUCUCUGGACCUCAGCUCUUUGGCUAAAGUCACCGAUGGCUACACUCAGGGUCACAUCCUGCAUGCUGUGGGCAGUGUUCUGACCUCUCAGCGCCUCAGUCAGCAAACUAAGAAACCCCUCACUGCGAUGGAGUUUAUCCCUCCUCUUGCCAGACAGAACCCUGUCUACAAAGAGGAGGAAGAGGCCUUUAAGGGUUGGUACAGUCAGACUCCAUUAGGCAAGCGACGGGCACGGGCAGGAAAGGCAUUUCAAGAAGCGGCAGAGCUGAAAAAAGGAAAGAAACCUGGAAAAGGAUUAAAAAAGCCAGCAGAGGCAAAGGGGAAAAAGAAAAAGAAGUGAAUUUUCCAGUUAUACUAAGAGUUGUAGUUUUGUCGUUGUUUAUGAUAACAACACUGUUUCACUUAAUUUAAGGCCUUUAGUUUCUUCUCUACAAUAGUUUUACAUUUUAAUACUGUAGUAAUUUAUUAAUUUAGUAUUUCAAUGUAAAACCUGAAGACACUUGAAAAUGAACGUGGGAGACUGCAUUUCCUGAUUUGGGCUCUGGAGGGCAGCAGCGAACUUUCCUUCUUAUUCUUAAUGCUGUAUUAUUUCCUUUACAAUGAUACUGUUUGUUUGGUUUAUUUCUGUGUUUGUAGUUUAAUAUGACUUAAAUAAAUUUUUAUGC